AUGCCCACAAAAGAGAAAAAAACGACAGAAACCGAAGGAGAGGAGAAGGAGCCAACGGCGAAAGGAAAGAGUAAGAGGGACUCAAAAACGAGACAGAAGAUCUCCGAGGAGAAGAUAGAAAGCACUGAGACACCUACAGAGAAGAGAAAAAAGAGCGAAUCUGUGAAAGAGAAAAAGAAAAAGAAGAAAAAAGAAGAUGUGGAUUAUGCUGAGGUCUACCAGGAAGAGCUGCUGAGCUAUCACACGGAGGAAUCGGAUGAUCAAGAAGAUGAAUUCAACAAAAAGAAAGUGUACGAGGCGGUGACCGUCACAGGUGAUGUUAAAGGCGCUGGGACUGAUGCUAAUGUGUUCGUCACCUUGUAUGGAGAGUUUGGAGUGACUCCCAAAGUUCACCUGGCCAGGAAGAGCAGAACAGCCUUUGAAAAGAACAAGACUGACGUCUUUCGGAUCAAAACACACAAUGUUGGGCCAAUAAAGAAAAUUAGAAUCGAGCAUGAUAACACGGGCAUGAGUGCCCGUUGGUUCCUGGACCGGGUUAUCGUGACUGACAUGAACAGGCCACACCUCCGAUUCUUUUAUGCCUGCAACAAUUGGCUGAGCAGAGACGAGGGGGACAGACUUACUGUUCGAUAUCUGUUGGGUAGCCUGAACCCCAUGGACAUUCCAAAACAGAACAAGUACAUAGCCAGUGUCUUCACAAUGGAUGCUAAAGGCAGUGGGACCGACGCUGAUGUCUACCUCAAUAUUUUUGGAGAGUUUGGGGAUACAGGAGAACGGAAGCUGGUCAGCGAUGGAAAGGACAAUUUUGAGCGCGGUAAUGAAGACAAAUUCAUCAUCGAAGCACCAAAUCUUGGCAGACUUCGAAAAAUCACCAUCGGACAUAACAACAAGGGGUCGUCUGCUGGCUGGGCGUGUGAUAAAGUUGUAGUAGAUGACAUGGGGAAUAAGGAGGUUUAUGAGUUUCCUGUCAAUGCCUGGUUUGACAUCUCAGAAGGGGACGGCAAAAUACAAAGAGAUGUGCUUGCCGGAGCCACGCAGCCAAUGGCGAUUGUGUAUAACGUACAGGUGAUGACGGGUGAUAUUCGUGGAGCCGGAACUAACUCUAAGAUCCACUUCGUCAUGCACGGGCGUAAGGGUAUUAAGAACAGCGGUAAGUUGUUCCUGGAGGGCGGCACGUUUGAGCGCGCUCAGAUCGACAUCUUUAACGUCGAGCUGCUGGAGCUGCUCAGCCCGCUCAGCAGAGUCACGAUCGGACACGACAACGCUGGGAUCAGCUGCGGCUGGUAUUGCGAAAAGGUGACAGUAUACUGCCCGUUCACAGGUUUAGAGCAGGUAUUUCCCUGCGGCAGGUGGUUGGAUGAAGAUGAUGGUGAUGGACUGGUGGAGCGAGAACUGUAUGAGAUGGUCUCACUCAGACAGAAAAAGCAAAAGAAAUUCCCCUGGUCUCUGUGGAUCUGGACAUCUGAGAUUAAAGGUGCUGGCACAGAUGCCCAGGUGUUCCUGCAGGCGUACGGAGAGACCGGCAAGAGCGACGAGAUGAAACUCGAGAGCAAAUCGGACAGUUUUGAACAGGGACAGUGCGACAAAUUCAUCAUUGAGAUGCCCGAUAUCGGAAAGAUACGCAAGCUGAGAAUCUGGCACGAAAAGAGGAAUCCUUUCUCUGGCUGGCAUCUUGGCAGGGUGACAUUGAUGAAGACCCUAACUAGGGAGAAAUAUUCAUUUGCUUGUAACCGUUGGUUGGACAUCAAUGAAGAUGACAAUGAAAUCAUUAGGGAACUGCCAGCUACCGGAAAACUCGUGCCAGAACCGUUACCACUUAUUAAAUAUCGUGUGACGAUUUGCACGGGAAACAUCAGCGGAAGUGGGACAGAUGCCAGUGUUUAUUUAAACAUCAUUGGUGACUUGGGAGACACUGGAGAGCGUCUGAUGUUCAUGAGCCAAAACAACGCUAACAAGUUUGAGAAAGGAAACCAUGAUGAGUUCCUGGUAGAGGCGGUCACACUGGGACAGAUCAAGAGGGUUCGGAUUGGUCACGACGGACGAGGCGGAGGAUGUGGCUGGUUCCUGGAUAAGGUGAUGAUCAGAGAGGAGGGGCAACCUGAGGCGUCAUCCAUCGAGUUCCCAUGUUACAGGUGGCUGGAUCGUAAUGAAGACGACGGGCAGAUUUUGAGAGAGUUAGUCCCUACUGAUGAUGGUCAACGUUUGUUCACUGUUGGUUAUCACAUUGCUAUAAAGACAGGCAGUAUUAAUGGUGCCAGCUCAGAUUCGAAGGUGUUCGUAAAGCUGUACGGAGAGAAAAACGACACCAACAAGAUGCUGCUGGUCGUCUCCGAUAACGACCUGGGGAACUAUUUUGAGACGGGACAGACGGACAUCUUCACCAUAGAGACCUUUGACAUUGGCAAGAUAAACAGGUUGCUGAUUGGCCACACUAACGAGGGCCUGCAAGCCGGUUGGUUCCUGGACAGCGUUCAGAUCUGGGUGCCGGUGCACGGGCUGCAGUACAUGUUCCCCAGUCACCGCUGGCUCUGUAAGGACGAGGCUGAUGGGAAGGUGGAGGUGGAAAUCUAUCCAAGUGAGACGCUGGAGAUUGAGAAAUUGAUCAAUUAUGAAGUUACCGUGGUGACAGGAGACGUAUGGACCGGGGGGACAAAUGCGAACGUCUUCCUGCAGAUUUACGGUGAGGAGGGAAAAACCGAACUAAUACAGCUGAAGAGCCGAUCCAACAACUUUGAGAGAGGAACCACUGAGAUCUUUAGGGAGGAUGUGUUCACGAUCACUGGGAUGGAUCUGGGGCCCUUGAAGAAACUGAGGAUGCGUCAUGACAACAAGCAGGCGAAUGCUGCGUGGUAUCUGGACCGCGUCGAGAUCUUUGAUGUGAAAGAUGAAACCAUGUAUUUUUUCCCCUGUCAGCGCUGGUUGGCGGUUGAUGAAGAUGACGGGCAGCUGGGCCGUGAAUUAGUGCCCGUAGACGAGGCUUUCAUGAAGAGAGAUGAAGAUGAAGAAGAGGAGUCAUCACCUGCUCAACUCGGACUAGAGCAAAAAGCCAUGUCAACCACGUUCACAAUGAGAGUAAAAACAGGGGAGAAGAAGAGCGCCGGGACAGAUGCAAACAUUUAUGCUAUUCUUUAUGGAACCAAAGACGACACUGGUAUCAUUAAUCUAAAGGCGUUUAAGAACCAUAGGAACAAGUAUGAGUUGGGACUGAUUGACGAGUUCACCAUUGAGGCAGUGGACAUCAGAAAACUCAAGAGAAUCCGCAUCGGCCACGACAACGCAGGUGCGUCUCCAGGCUGGUUUUUGGACUGGGUAGAGAUUGAUGCUCCGUCUCUGGGUCAGCUGCUGCUCUUUCCAUGUGGCCGCUGGUUGGAUAAAGGAAAAGACGAUGGUGCCAUUGUCAGAGACCUGUACCCUAAUGAACUGCAGACAGUACUAUACACACCCUUUGUUCCCUAUGAGAUUAAAAUCUUCACCAGUGAUAUAUUUGCUGCGGGAACGGACGCAGACGUCUUCAUUGUUCUGUACGGGCAGAACGGAGUGUGUACGUCUCAGAAGUCUCUCUGCGUCAACAAGAGAGAGAGGAGGAUGUACUUUGAACGAGGGGCGGAGGACAUGUUCAUUGUAGAGUUGGAAGACAUUGGCGAUAUCAUUGAGAAAAUCCGUAUCGGUCACGAUAAUCGAGGGGUGAAUCCUGGCUGGCAUUUAGACCGUGUGGAAAUUCGCCGACUUCUCCGUAAAGGGAAGGGCUCUGAGACUGCAAUAUUCCCGUUUGAGGGAUGGUUGGCUCGCUCGGAGGAGGACGGUGAGACGAUUCGAGAGCUGGUACCGUCUGACAUCAUCGUAGAGAAACUUUCACGAGACGGAACCCUCAAAGUCAUCGAGACAGAGGUGGACGACGCACUGGAGAUACACACAUAUACAGUGACAGUGACCACGGGGGAUGUGUAUGGAGCGGGAACCGAUGCCAACGUGUUCAUCACUCUUUAUGGAGACAUGGGCGACACUGGAGAACGCAAACUCAGCAAGUCUGAGAACAGCAACAAGUUUGAGAGAGGAUCGGUGGACACAUUCACCCUGGAGGCUGUGGAUCUGGGCCAGGUGUUCAAGAUCCGCGUUCGCCAUGACAACAGCAUGCUGAGUGCUGAUUGGUACCUGGAACAGGUGGAAGUGGUGGACCAAGAUACGGAGGAAGUGUUUCUGUUUUUGUGCGAGCGAUGGCUUUCGAGAAAGAAGGAGGACAAACGGAUCGACAGGGUGUUCUACGUUAAGGGGUAUGAGGGAGAGCGAGAGACUGCCUUCUGUCCAAUUAAAAAAGUGACAAAUCUGGACAGCAACAUGAACAAGAAAAACAAGAAACGGCAUUCAGAAGAAGAAGACGAGGAAGGAUCAUUGAUUCCCUACCACUUCUCGGUGACGACGGGUUCGGAUCGGGAUGCUGGGACGAGUAGCCGAGUGUAUGUCAUCAUCAUAGGAAAGAAGAACAUAAAGACAGAUCGCCUCUGGCUCGACUUGGAUGGGAAAAACGGAUUCCUGCCUGGAUCCUUGGAUUACUUCAUCUGUUACGGAACUGAUGUUGGUGACAUCAAGAAAGUGGAAUUGGGUCAUGAUGGGGCGACUCCAGAGAGCUGCUGGUUAGUAGAGGAGUUGACUGUUGACGUGCCGACUAAAGCAGUGCGCUACGUGUUUCCCUGUAAAUGCUGGUUGGCCAAAGACAGAGGAGAUGGACUCACCGCCCGUUUCUUAGAUGUACAGGAUGCAGAAACUGUCAACAUCCCACAGAAGGUGAUCUAUGAGGUAACGGUGAUAACAGGAGAUGUCCAGCAUGCAGGUACAGACACACAGAUCUACAUGACUGUAUUUGGAGUCUACGGCACGUCAGAAGAAAUGCUGCUGCCAAAAUUAGAGGACAGAUUUGAACGAGGGCAGAAGGACACAUUCAAUCUGGAGAUUGAGGAUAUCGCUCCUUUGAGAAAGAUGAGAGUGCGUAUAGAUGGUUCUGGAAGCAGACCCGACUGGUUCCUGGAUAAGAUUGAACUGCAUAACCUGCAGACGGACGAAGUGGCGUUAUUUAUGUACGAGGAAUGGCUGUCUCGCUCAUACGGGCCCAAGCGAACGCUCCUAUGCGAGAUGCCUGCAGUAAUAAAUGAUGAGGAAAUGGUGGAGCUCACCAUCUACACCAUUUCUGUGAAGACCAGCGAUGUAACUGCGGCUGGAACCGAUGCUAAUGUGUGGAUGAUUAUUUUCGGAGAGAACGGUGACACUGGAACGCUGACUCUGAAAGAAAGCAACAACACCAACAAGUUUGAGCGCAAACAGACGGAUACGUUCCGUUUCCCUGACAUCCUCAGCUUGGGCGAGCUCUCGAAAGUACGCAUUUGGCACGACAACUCAGGUCUGGCUGCCGGUUGGCACCUGGAGUAUGUAGACGUGCAUGAUGACAUCUUGGGGAAGAAGUUUCGUUUCCAGUGUGACCGCUGGCUCGCCAAGAAAGAGGAUGAUGGACAGAUAAUGAGAGAGCUGGCGUGUGCCAACAACGAUGCAGUGGAUUUUGAUGAAAAAACCAAAUAUGAAAUCUUGGUCACGACAGCAGAUAUGGAUGAUGCUGAAACCAAAGAGAACGCCUGGACCGUUCUAGAAGGGAAGAAAGGACGUUCCAAAGAGUUUGUGAUGGAGAACUCAACUAAAAAGAAGCGUUUUUUGCGAGGCGCUAAAGACCGCUUUGAGUUCUCCUCCAAGGAGCUGGGAGACAUCGCUAGUAUCUGUCUGGGACACAUCCCUAAAGAUGGCAAGAAAGUCAAAGUGGAAGCCUCCUGGUUUGUGGAGGAGGUUGUUGUCACGGAGAAGGAGCUGGGCAAUAAGUAUAUCUUCCGUUGUGACGCCGCCAUCCCUCUUUCCUCAAAACGGGAUGAGUUCCAAACUUUCGAGUGCAGCAAGUUCAUCGAGAGCUUCACCAGCAAGUCCCAAAGCCUCGUACCUGUAAAAUACGAGCUCAUCGUUAUCACGGGAGACGAGAAGGGCGCAGGCACCGACGCCAACGUCUUCAUCACCAUCUUCGGCUCCAACGGCGACUCCGGCCAGAGGCAGCUUACCAAGAAGUUCCAGAACCUGUUUGAGCGCGGCCAGACGAACCGGUUUAUUCUGGAACUGCUGGGCCUGGGCGAUCUGCUCCGCAUUCACGUGGAACACGAUAACUCCGGACUCAGUCCCGGAUGGCUUCUGAGCAGGAUCGAGAUUACAAACACGGCCAACGCUGUGACCACGAUCUUCAUUUGUGGGAAAUGGCUGGACAAAAACAAAGCGGACGGGAGGAUAAAGCGCGUGAUCUAUCCAAAGUAUUGACAUUUAAUCAACCAGUCAAUGGUCCAGUCAGUAUUACUAAUGAAUAUUCAUUACACGACAUGGUCAUAUCAACGAUCCUUUGAUUGUUUACACACUAAUGUCGUACCAAACCUUUAUGACUUUGUGAAACACAAAAGAAGAUCUCAGUGUUUUUUGUCUAUAAUGUUGACAGUCAAUGGGAUCUGAUGUUGUUUGGACCCAAACAGUAUCUUCUUUUGUGUUCAACAAUAGAAAGAAAGCCAUACAGGUUUGGAUGUCCAUUUUUGGGUGAAUUAUCCCUUUAUAGAUGAGGUAACCUCUUUGAUGUUUUCCAGCCACAGCUAUAAGUAAACCAUGACUAAGCUGAUGGUUGUAAGCUAUACCUGCGUUUCAUUCAGAUCAGAAAGUCUUAUUCCUACUUGAAGAACUGCGAAAGAAUACCAACUUGAAGUCUGAAUUAUUGUAUUUUUGCCAUUCGUUUGGUCCCUAAUGGAUUAGAAAUUACGCACUUCACCGUUAAAUUGUAAUGAAAUUUCAUUAAGAGAUCCCUUAAUGUUGUUGCUAAGAAAACUCGUAUAAUUAUAAAUGGAAAAAAGUUUAGUCACAUACAUUUGAGAAAUUUCACAGGG